AUGAUCUCCGAUAACGACCUCUACCGCCUCGCCCUCUUCCUCGGCACCUGCGCCAUGAUGAUGAUCGUCCUCUACCAUUUCCUCGAGGUCAAUGCCAGCGACGAGGCCGACGAGCAACCCACUCAUAAGAACGCCGGAUCCGCAGACAAGGCUUCGAACAUGGGAAUCACGGGUGACGGUGUGCCGCUGGCUGCCGCUGCUGCUGCCGCUGGGGGUUCUGGUUCGUCAGCUAUUGGAGGGGGGAAAGGGAGGUAA